UGACGUGUCUCCUGGUAGUUUGCUGUGUACGAGGACAUGCAAUGCAUUUACUGUUUUCAUUACAGAACUUCGCGCUUUGAACCGAAGGAAAUCUGACUAAAAUGCUCUCGCGUGCUUUGAAAGAACAUCAAGCGAAUCAAGCAGUUCAACGGGAAAAACAAGAACACUUAAGACGAGAAGCUGUGGUAGCAUCCUCAAGACUAACAUACAAACUAAUGGACACUCUUAACACUGGUGUAGAACAAGCUUAUGUCAAUCAGCGCAAAUUAGAAACAGAGGCCAAGCAGUUACAAGCUCAUGCAGCAAGAUUUUCUAAACAGACAGUACAAUGGCUUCAGAUGUUGGAGGCUUUCAAUAAGGCUUUAAAGGAACUUGGCGACGUGGAAAACUGGUCAAGAGUAAUAGAGGCUGACAUGACAGCCAUAGCAAGUGCUUUGGAAUACGCUUACAAAGGAGAUGGCCCUAAAGCUUCAUAGUAGUUCAACCUGAGAGCUGUCCCCAACAUAGAGAUAAUAGAAGGUUCCUUAUAACACAGAAAAUGUUAUUUCCUUACACUGUUAAGCUGUAAAU